CACUGAAAACCACAAUCAAAUCUCAUUAUUAACAAACAUUAUCUACACUCGCACAACAUGACAAAAAAACAUGCAAUCGUUGAUAAAACUGAGUACAAUACGCAAAUAAUUUCCAUUGAACAAAACAGUUUGAAAAAAUCAUUAUAAAGCUACGGAUGCUAAUAUUGAAGAUGUUGCCGAUUCUUUUUAUGAUUAGAACCAUGUUCACACAUGCAGCCGCACAAGGCCGUAUCGUUAAUGGGAAAGAGGGCCGUAUCCAAGAUUUUCCCUAUCAAGUUUCUUUGCGCCGAUAUUCAAUUCAUAUAUGUGGUGGAUCAGUUAUAGAUGCACAGUGGAUUAUUACGGCAGCCCACUGUAUUGAAUCUUUCGAAAAGCAGCCAAGAGUAUUUUCCUUGCGUAUCGGUAGUUCUAAUCGUGGACAAGGUGGUGAAGUGGUUUCGGUGGCUAAGAUUUACAAACAUCCCUUGUAUAAUAGUGAGGCGAUGAAUUUUGAUGUCGCGCUAUUACGAACGCAGAAAAAUCGAUUGCGAGGCGAAUUUGUGCAACCAAUUAAAAUUCCGCUGCAAGAUACGCCCAUCGUGGAUAGUAAAGAGGCGAUCGUUAGCGGCUGGGGGCAUAUGAGUUCUUCAGAACAUGUGCUAUCAGUCCUACUAAAAUAUGCAACGGUCAGGAUUGUAAAUCAACAACAGUGCAGGGAAUCGAUGAAGGCACAAGGCGAUAUUACUGAAGCUAUGUUUUGCGCUGCAGCGCGAAAUACGGAUGCAUGCCAAGGAGAUAGCGGCGGUCCAAUAAAAAGCGAUAACUUGCUAAUUGGGAUCGUGAGCUGGGGAGUCGGCUGUGCAGAUCCCCACUAUCCAGGCGUUUAUACGCGUUUGUCUCACCCUGUUAUACGAACUUGGAUUAAACUAAUGUCUGGAAUAUGAUUUAAUUUGCGGACCAAUAAUAUGCAUCUGGUUUAAAAAAUUCUA